CGAGAAAAAGAGAGCGCUGCGAGCAGGAUUCGAACCUGCGCGGGAAGAUCCCAUUUGAUUUCUAGUCAAACGCCUUAACCACUCGGCCAUCACAGCUCACAUAUUCUUCCAUGUUGGCUAAAUGCAAUCUUGUUGCUAUAACGUAUUACACGAAUGCGAAGCUCAAUAACAUCUGAUCUGCUGAUUUUAACAAAUAUAUUUUCGAGUAGCCUUAUUUUUAACAAUUAUGUAAUUCCGGUGACUUUUGUCUAGGCUGUUUCAAAAUGGUUGACGCUGUCUGUUUGCGUAAAAUAUGGAAAAAAUGGCUUACAGAUACUUCAUGGAUAAGCCAAUCACAAAAAAGGACGACAGAAAAUUCUUUUCUACCUACAACGCAGGAAAUAGUCAAAGGAAUCAUUUAGAAUAUCUACUAAUGCAGGGAAAAGCCUAAGGAAAGUGUUUCCUGCAGUUUCACGACAGAUGUCGCGAGAAAUCAGUCAUGCUUGAAAACAUGAAAGAAUAAUCUACGCGCAAUAAAACUUACAGAAUGUGGAUGGAUUUUCUGUCAUUGUGAAUAGGUUAGGGAUGCCUCUCACCACCGUGGGAUUUUUAGAAAGUCUUAACAAACAUUAUAGUUUUAUAUUACACUGCAGGCUUUAUCCACGGAAUGGAGAAGUUGGGAACAUUUCUGAGCUGUCUUGACUUUGUCUUGAAUUUAGACAUCUUUCUAGACCUGUGCGGAUCUUUGCAGAGUGCUCAGAAAGGCUUUUAGGUUUAUAUUAAAUUUGAAAGCAUCCAAAAAAGUUACAGGAAAAGUCGAGUAUACUGGAAUCCUAGGUGGAAAAGCCAUGUUUUAGUGUUCCGUUAGAAUUUGAUCCAAUUUCGGUUUUAAUUCCGACAUAUAGGUAAGAAAUCGAUUAAUAACAAAUUAUAGUAGUGGCAAGAUAAUUAUGAUUUUAAUGGUGGCGACGAUUGUUAUGAUUUACAAACAUUCAAUACUCAAAUAAAACAGCAUGCUAAAGUAAAAUUUGGAUUUUAAAGCUCCUUUCUGUAUGUUUAUUAAGAACCAUAUUCUCUUCUGAAAUAGAUAGAAUACGACAAUAAUCGUGAUACAGCUAGUCCAAGACCGAUAAAUAAACUUUCAGUACCUUUUUCUUAUCAGUUUAUCAUACCUUAUUUCAUGUUUAGACAUUACCCGUCGAAAAUACAAUUACAACAGAUUCAAAUCAUGCAUUAUCGACACAAGUAGUUGGUACCUUACUUGAUAAUUUUUUACAAGUAUAUUUAAAAUUCGAACGAAAGAAAGUUUCGCACUACUGGAUUCGAUUUCAGAUGACUGAUAGAACAAAUGAAUCAUCGUCAUCUGAACAUACACAAUGUUCAAAUGCCGACAAUAUCAAUUCACAUGUCACAGUAAUCGCUCAACCAACUACAAAACCAAUUAAAAUAUCAAGUGGGGUAAGACCAAACUAG